AUGAAUACUCAAUUUUCAGAAGUUGGCACAGAAUUGCUUAGUUGUAUAGCAUGUCUUCAUCCAAGAAAUUCUUUUUCUGAAUUCAAUGUUCAUAAACUUGUUCGACUUUGUGAUUUAUAUCCAGAGGACUUCUCAGCAAAUGAUUGUAUAGUUAUUGAACAACAACUUCAGAAUUUCAUUCAUAAUAUACGACAGGAUCCAAAUUUUUCUGGAAUUGAAGAUUUAGGGAGUUUUGCUCAGAAAAUUGUUGAAACUCUAAAAAAUCAAGCUUAUCCAUUGGUUUAUCGUCUGAUUGAGAUGACAUUAGUUUUACCAGUUGCGACCGCUUCUGUUGAAAGAGUAUUUUCUGCGAUGAAGACGAUAAAGACUGAUUUACUUAACAGAAUGGGAGACGAGUGGAUGAAUGACAGUCUAGUCGUAUACAUCGAGAAAGAUAUCUUUUCAAUAAUUGAAAAUGAGCAAAUAUUGCAGCGUUUUCAAAAGAUGAAAAGCCGCAGAAUGCAGUUGCCUCCUCUUUCUUAUCCAACGACCACCUGA